CUAUCAAAAAUGAAAUUGUUAGAAUGCAAAGUGAUGCGGAAUGGAGAAGUGAAGUCCGAAGUAGAGGGCAAGCAUCUAUACAAAGCCACAGAUCUGAAUAUACUACUGCAACUGAAACUUCUAACCAUUUUAUAUACACAGAAAAAUAA